GAGGUGUCGAGACUAUCGAGAGUCGAGAGUCGAGCCGGUGUCAGCUAAUCGAAUUGGACUUCACGUGUGUUUACUUACCUCGUUAAAGUUUGAUUAUAAACCGUUCCGUUGUUAUGAACAUAAGAUACACAAUAUAAGGAUAAGUUCUUUUUCUUCAAUGCAAAUAUUUUUAUCUACGAAAUGUUUUGUCAGAAGAUUCGCGCGUCAAUCAAACUCCGAAACGUUAUAGGUUAUGUCAACGAGAGUUAUUUCAUCACAUCAAAACAACCCUGGAAUGAGCACAUGCGGCACAAUUUGCAGCACCCAAUCUGCAGCAAUUUUUGUACGGAGAAGCUCCCGAAGAACGCCGAUGUCUUCGGCGACAUCUCGGGCAGGAAAUUCGACCGGUUUCCGAUGGACGAGCCCGAACAGGAGGAGGAACGGUUUCAAGACACCGAGAAGUCGGUUCCACGUCGGCUGAAGCCGAGCCCCGGCCAGUACGCCAAGAUGAUCAAGUCGCACGUAAACAAGAACGAUCCGAAGUCCGCCUUGGAGGUGCUUGACCUGAUGAAGCAGAAUCGGGAUAAGCCGACGAUGUACCUGUACAACCUCCUGCUGUAUUUGUUCGCCAAGCAGGGUGACAUCAAACGAUGCUUCAAACUGUACGUCGACGCGAAGAGGCGCGGGCUGAAGCCGAACGCGGCGACCUACGUCACUUUGUUUAACGCGUGCGCCCUGGCUGACGACAGCGCGCUCGCCCUGGAUCACCUGAAGCAGCUGCGCCGAUCGCUCUACUCGGCACAGUUCCCGCUGAACGAGGUGCACUACAACGUCAUGGUGAAGGCGUACAGCUGGCACGGCCAGAUCGUCGAGGCGUUUCAGUUGGCGGAUGAGAUGCGGGAUCGGCGCAUCCCGAUCGGCGAGGUCACCUACAAUUCUCUGUUUCAUGGGGCAAUCUCGGACAAGGAGGCUGGCCUGCGGCAUGCGCUAAUCAUCUGGCACUUGAUGCGGCUGAAGAAUAUCAAGACGAGUCUGACCACCUAUAAUCUCCUUCUGCGAGCGAUUAGGGACACCAAUCUGGGAAACUUGAAGCCCGACGACAUCCUCCUCUCGGGAUUGGACGAAAUCAGGCUUUCGGUCGUCGAAGGUGAGAGGCCGGAUCUGUUGGCCUCUCCGCCCGUUUUGAGCACGCUUUUACCAUUACCAGAGAAUGAACGAAACGCUGUGCAACGUAACAGCGAUGCUACGAAUACGCAGGGAACGUCGGUUAACUUGAACGACAUACUGGCUAACAACCGUCUGAUUCUGUUCGGCGGGCUAGAAGGAUUUCUGAAUCGGAUGUUCAAUGACGGUGUCAAACCCGAUACGAAAACCGUCACACUGCUCCUGGAUCUAAUCCCAAGCACGGUACCUGCUGAGGAUCUGCUCCUCAAAAUAGCAGAUGAGAAAGAUAUCGAACUGGACAUUGAUUUUUUUAAUAUGCUCAUUAAGAAGCGCAGCAUACGAUACGAUUACAAAGCUGCAAAGAAAGUAUUGGCCAUAGCAGAGAAGAAACGACUCUCUCCAAAUGUAAUAACGUUCGGGGUUUUGGCCCUCGGUUGCCAAGAUCGCAGUCAAGCCAGGGAAUUCCUCGAAGGAAUCGAAGCUUUUGGCUACAAACCGAAUUCUAUAAUCGUGGGUACUCUCAUCGACGCGGCUUGCUAUAAAAGAGAUUUUCAAUAUUUAUUAUUCGUGAUGAAUUAUAUGGUGGAAAACAAAAUAAGCCCCACUGAGAAGACUGUCGAAACUUUAAAAGAAUUUUCGGAAGGAUUAUCAAAAAUAGAGAAACCAACAGGAAAAUACAGAUUCCAAAAACUAAAACGUUUAGAGGAGAACAUUGAGAAAUUCAAACAACAAUAUCCCAAAUGGCAGAAGACGAUAAAACAAUAGUUUAUUACAAGAUAAAAUAUUAUUUCUGCAAAAUAUACCCCUUGAAAAAAAAAUAUAUAUACUGUUCGUAUAAUUGAUAUGUUUUGUAAAUAUACACAUACAUGUAAAACAAAAAA